AAUAUAUAUUGAUACAUAUUUAUUUAUUUAUAUAUAUAUAUAUAUAUUUAUAUAUAUAAUUUUUGUAUUAAUUCUUUUUAAUUUUUAUUUUAUAUAAUAUUUUUAUAUUAUUUUAUUUUAUUUUAUAUUAUUUGUUUUUUAUUUUAUAUUUUUAAAUUUAUUUCUUAUUAUUGUAUAUUAUUUUAAUAAAAAUUUUAUACUAAA